AUGAAGCACACACGGGAAACCAAGGAACACUAAGAGCAUUUCAGCUUAAUGUGGUACAGCUGCUGAGGUUUCGACGCCUCCAUUAAGGAGGAACGCUAGCCUGAGUUUGCAGUAGCUCUGACGACCGAAGGCAAAACUGAAACACGGAAGGAGAGGGCCAAAGAAAAGGCUCCAAAGGGAGCCGAGCGCCUGGUCUGUCGUCCUGCGGUCCCUUUAAGAGAAGAACCUCUUGGGACCGGCAGUCCCAACCGACCCCAGUUUUAACCGAAACCUAACCCGGACUUCCCCCUCUUGACUCAAAUAAGACCAACUUUGGAUUUUCCCUCUCCUAUUGACCAAUCAGAUUCUGUUACCAGGCAGACUUUAGCUGCCGCCGGUGCGAGCCCGGCGCCUUCUGUCUCCGGGUGGCAGCAACGACCAAUGAGAGAGCAGGCCGUCCGAGUAUCUAGGCAGAUCCGGGCUGUGCCAGCCAUUCAGAAAAAAGAAAAUAAAGCAACGCACGAGCCCGCUGGGCCAAGACCGUGGGGCUGGGCUGGAGUGAAGGUGGCUACGAGCCCUCAUGCUGGGAUGGCAGAAGAUGAAGCUGAUGCUAAGAGCCCAAAGACUAGGGGAAGGGCCUCCUCAGGUAGUGCUGAGGCAGGGGAACCUACCACCCUUCUUCAGAGGCUCCGAGGUACCAUUUCCAAAGCCGUGCAGAACAAAGUAGAGGGAAUCCUGCAAGAUGUACAGAAAUUCUCAGACAACGACAAGCUGUAUCUCUACCUUCAGCUCCCCUCAGGGCCGAGUACAGGAGACAAAAGCUCAGAGCCAAAUACACUCAGCAAUGAGGAGUACAUGUAUGCCUAUAGGUGGAUCCGCAACCACCUAGAAGAGCAUACUGACACCUGUCUGCCAAAGCAAAGUGUUUAUGAUGCCUAUCGGAAGUACUGUGAGAGCCAUGCCUGUUGCCGCCCACUCAGCACAGCCAACUUUGGCAAAAUCAUCAGAGAGAUCUUCCCUGACAUCAAGGCCCGAAGGCUUGGUGGCCGGGGCCAGUCCAAGUAUUGCUACAGUGGUAUACGAAGGAAGACUUUGGUGUCUAUGCCACCCUUGCCUGGACUUGACCUAAAGGGCUCUGAGAGUCCAGAAAUGGGCCCAGAAGUAACCCCAGCACCUAGAGAUGAACUGGUUGAGGCAGCCUGUGCCCUGACCUGUGACUGGGCAGAGCGAAUCCUGAAACGGUCCUUCAGUUCCAUCGUUGAGGUCGCCCGCUUCCUGCUACAGCAGCAUCUCAUCUCUGCCCGAUCUGCACAUGCCCAUGUGCUCAAGGCCAUGGGGCUUGCUGAAGAGGACGAACAUGCCCCUCGAGAACGGUCAUCUAAAUCCAAGAAUGGUGUAGAGAACCUAGAGGGUGGAGCCCAUAAGAAACCAGAGAGACGGGCCCAGCCUCCUAAAGAGGUGGAACCCCGGGCUGGGGUUGGCCCUGCAGCAUGCGGAGAGCGGAAGAAAAGCAUAGUGGAGAGCCCGGCCCCAGCAGCCAAUAACCCGCAGGUUAAUGCCCUGGUGGCCCGGCUGCCUCUGCUUCGCCCUCGGGCCCCUCGCUCGCUCAUUCCGCCAAUCCAAGUCUCUCCACCCAUCCUGGCCCCCAGGCUUUCUUCAGGCGCUCUGAAAGUAGCGACGCUGCCUCUGCCCAGUAGGGCUGGGGGACCCCAGGCAGCUGUGCCCAUCAUUAAUAUGAUCUUACCAACUGUUCCUGCUUGGCCUGGGUCUGGGCCUGGGCUUGGGCCAGCUCCACCUGGGGGGCUCACUCAUCCGCGGGGCACAGAGAAUAGGGAGCUAGGCAUAGGUGGUGACCCAGGACCCCAUGACAAGGGUGUCAAGAGGACAGCUGAAGUACCUGUGAAUGAGGCCAGUGGGCAGGACCCACCAGCUAAAGCAGCAAAGCAGGAUAUAGAGGAUACAGGAAGUGAUGGCAAAAGAAAACGGGGGCGCCCUCGAAAAAAAUCAGGUGGAAGUAAGGAAAGGAAUUCUACCCCUGACAAGUCAGCAGCUGCUAUGGACUCUGCCCAGUCCUCAAGGUUACCACGAGAGACAUGGGUCUCUGGAGGGGAAAGCAACUCAGCUGGAGGGUCAGAGAGGCCAGGGCCAAUGGGAGAGGCUGAGAAGGGGACGGUGCUUGCCCAAGGUCAGGAAGACGGUGCUGUUUCCAGAGGAGGAAGGGGCCCCAGUUCCCGGCAUGGCAAAGAAGCAGAACAUAAAAUUCCUCAUGUCACCCCGAAAGUGAGUGUCAUCAAGGGCAGUAGAAGCCAAAAGGAGGCUCUUCAUUUGGUAAAGGGAGAGUUAGACACUGCAGCACAGGGUAAUAAAGACUUAAAGGGGCAUGUACUUCAAAGUUCCUUAUCCCAUGAGCAGAAAGACCCCAAAGCAACACCCCCGUGAUAGGAAUGUGGGGAAGAGUGUUCACAUCAUAUGUUAACUCUACCUGUCCGCCUAGUAGAGGCCCUUCUCUGCACUUGCUUCUCCUUUGGCUCUUCUUUUCUGAAGAGAAUUUAUGCUAUUCUGUAUAGACAGCUGAGGCACCCUGUCUGACACGGUGCUUGGUUCCUGCCUCUGACCUUUCCAGCUCAAUACCCUUGGCUUUAGAGUCACUAAUAAAUCUGUAGUGACCAUCUUACCUGGAUCCCUGUGCUAUCCUGUGAGAAGAUAGGGAUGGAAUAAGUAUGAUGAAUGUCUAAGUUAGGAAUCUUUUGGUUUUAAAUCGUAGAAAACCUAACUUAAACUGGCUUAAAAAUAAAGAUAUAUUGGCUCAUGCAACUGGAAAGUCCAGAGGUAGUGCUGGCUCCAGUAAAGCUGAUCCAGUGGCUCACUAUGUCUCUAAAUACCUGAUUGACUUUUUACCCUGCUGCUCUACCUUCUGUAGGCUCAUCUUAAGCCUGGGCCGCCUCAUGGCUGCCAGCACUCCUACUAUUACAUGUUUCUUCAUUUAUGUUCAACCAGAAAGAGAGGGCAUCUUUGUGUGGGAAUCCUAGCCAAAACCCUCACUCUGAUUAGGCCAGCCUGGGUCACAUGUCCACCCCAAACCAAUCACUGUGGCCAGGGAUGGUAUAUGCUAAUUUGCUUAUUCUACAUCAUGGACUGCACUUGUGGAAAAAAAAAGGCCUCCUGAGAAUCACAUAGAUCCCCAAAUGGAAACAGGGAGGGGGGGUCUUGGGGAGGCAGCUGACACCUACCACUACUAUGAAGCACAUGUGGUUUUAGCUUGCUAGGUUGAGAUCAGCUGUACCUCCUUCCUUUUUUUCUCAUAGUCUUGGAUUUUCCUUACUGCAGUUCUAAUUUCUUUCCUCUUGUUCUAGUCUCAAGAGGAAUGAGAGGGAAGUCACUCUACUUUGGGGACUAUCUCUUUAGUCUCAUUUAGAUGACUAUCUAAGUUUUUUCACCUAUAUUUCAGAGAUGGAACUUCUUCCUUUUCCUAUUUUCUGAAUUUUAGUUUCUUCCUCAUUCCUGCUUCCUUAUCCCUCACCCUACUGCCACUUUCAUCAAGUAGAGUGAAAGAUUUACUUCCUAGUCAUUUUAUUAAAUUCAUUCUGUAUCCACCAGGUGUCAGUCUCUUGUCAUACAUGUGUCAGGACUUAGCCAGGAUUGUGGAGUUUAGGCUAGCUGUAUGGAAGGAGGUAGCUCUGGAUAUCAGGGAGCACCAAUGGGGAGGGAAUCCAGACCCUCCAGGUGUAUCCUUGGGAAUAGCAGUAAACCAAACAAUAUUUAUUGAGGACCUACUUUGUCUUCUGCAUAGGGUAGCUUCCGUCAGGGAAUCUUGGUUCUUCCCAAGAAAUAUAGAUUUUCUUUCAGGGAGACUUCAUUCAUUUGUUCAUUUAUUUCCACCACAGCAGAUUUUUUAAAAUUAUAAUAUGUAAUAUUUUAUAUAUAUAAAGAAUAUAUUUAAAUGAAUAAAUUAUGAAGCAUAAUAAUUAAAUGAGUACCUAUGACCCAUCACUCAAUUUACACAUUAAAACAUUAGAAAUACCAUUGAGUUUCUUGUGUUCCUCUCCUAUCCUCUCUGCCUCUCCCUAGAGGUAACCACUGUCCUUAAUUUUGUGUUUAUUAAUUAACUGCUAUUUAUAUGUAUUUAAUCAUAAAUGUAUAUAUCCUUUAAAAAUGUUCAGUUUUGCUUUUUAGCUUUACAAAAAUUUUAUACUCUAAUAGUGCCCUGCAGUUUGCUUUUUUUCACUUAACAUUAUUUCUAAGAUUCAUCCAUGUUGUAGAUAGCUAUGAUUCAUUCACUUUCAUUUGUAUAAUAUUCCACAAGGGCAUAAACCACAACUUAUUUAUCCAGUCACCUAUCAAUGGACAUUUGGGUUCUUUCCAAUUUUUUGCUGUUACAACAAUGCUGCUAUGAACAUUCUUGUACAUGUCAGUGCCUUUGUUUUUAGUAAGAUUUCUAGAAAGGUUUCUAAGAUGGUUCUUUUGGUCUCUAUACUCUCUUGAGUUGGGGACUGUUCCCUCCUGUCUUAUUCUUUGGAAGAGUUUACAUCAGAUUGAAAUGAACUGUACCUUGAAAUUUUGGUAAAACUCACCUGUUAAGCCAUCUGAGCCUGGCAUUUCUUUGUGGGAAAAAUUUUAACUAUUGAUCCAAUUUCUUUAAUUAUAGACUAUUUGGGCUUUCUAUUUCUUCUUGAGUCAAUUUAGGUAAAGUGUUUUUCAAGGAUUUUGUGCAUUCAUGUCUUUUUUUCUAAUGAAAUUUCUUCUAUUUUCUUUUUUGCCUCUGCUCUCUGGGUAGUCAUGACCUCUUUUUCAUUUCUCUUGUUUACUUGUGCCUUCUUUUUUUUUUCCCCUUGAUCAGAUGCACCAGAACUUUAUUAUUUUACUUGUCUGUCUUCAACUACUACUUUGUGCUUUGUGGAUUCUCUCUCUUAUGUAUUUGUUUUCCAUUCAUUAAUUAUGGAUCUUAUCUAUAGUAUUUCCUUUCUUCUGCUUUCUUUAGAUUUAAUUUUAUGUUCUUUUAUAACAUCUUAAUUUUGACACUUAUCUAAUUAAUUUUCAAGAUGUCUUUUUUUUAUUGUAAGUUUUUAAGGACAUGCUUUUCUACAU